CAACAACCCCGCCCCACUCUCCUUCUUCUUCCUUCUUCUUCUCCCCCCUUUCCUAUUUAUCCUCUCACGCGUUUCUUUUCUUGAUUUACCAGUAUCUAUUCCGGUUCUUAUGCGUGUACGUGUUCAAUUCAUGCCUUCAAAACCCUCGAUUUGAUUUUGCUGAUUAAGAUUUUCUGCUGAUUUUCGGAGCUGAUUUUUGGGUUUUUCCGUUGAUCGGAAUGGCGUCGGCGGCUAUGUUCUCUUCCUUGAGGCGGCGGAGGUUGCCGUCUCUGGAGGCGUUUAUAGCUCCCAUGGAUCUGGCGGACUGGGCCUUGGUGGAGACGCUGGCGGCGGUUGCGAAGGAGCUGGUUGUUUCCUUUUCCGGCAAGCCGCCGGCUCACCAGCGGAAGAAUUCCAAAUUCCUCCUCCGGAAGAUACAGGUCCUCUCCGUAGCCAUGGAAUGCCUAGUGGAAAACAGAGGUUCUUCCGGAUUUCCUUCCGCUGCUUUUUUGUGCUUUAAAGAGUUGUACCUUCUGCUUUACCGCUCAAAAAUCCUGCUUGAUUAUUGUGUCCAUUCGAGUAGACUGUGGCUCUUGCUGCAGAACCACUCCAUUUCUGGCCAUUUUCACGAUCUGAACCAGGAAAUCUCGACCCUUUUGGAUGUUUUGCCCAUAAACUGUUUGAAUUUAUCUGAUGAUGUUCAAGAACAAUUACUGUUGUUGCGAAAACAAUCCAAAAAAUCUCAACUUUUCAUCGAUAAGCACGAUGAGCUCUUGAGGUUGAAGCUGUACGCUUUCUUGAACGAGUUCGAGAACGGGAGAGUCCCCGAUUCUCGUGAUUUGCACCUGUUCUUUGUGGAGAAGUUGCACAUUCGCGACGCAAGGAGUUGCAGGUUGGAAAUUGAGUUCUUGGAGGAACAGGUUAUGAACCAUGAAGGAGAUAGUGAUCCCACUGCCUCUGUACUUAAUGGGUUUGUGGCAAUUACCCGAUACUCCCGGUUCUUGUUGUUUGGUUUUGACGAUGAUGACUUUGAAUUCGGGCAUGCUAAGAAUCUGUCCACCAUUAAAACACAGGAAGCUUGUGUUCCAGUUCCAAAGGAUUUCUGCUGUCCGAUUUCUUUGGACUUGAUGUACGAUCCGGUCAUUGUAUCCACCGGGCAAACGUACGAUCGCCCUUCAAUACUGAGGUGGAUGGAGGAGGGACACUGUAACUGCCCGAAAACAGGACAAAUCCUUGCACACACCAGGCUUGUGCCCAAUAGGGCUCUCAAGAAUUUGAUCAUUCAGUGGUGUGCUGCCCAUAACAUGCCGCUCUGCGACCUGCCCGAGACCGGGGAGUCCUCGUGUGGGGAUUCUUUUGGGGCAGUGUCCCUGGGGAAGGCGACGUUCGAGGCUAAUAAAGCCACGGCGUCCCAUCUGAUAAAACAGCUUGAAGAUGGCACCCAGAAGGCUAAGGCCAUAGCUGCUCAGGAGAUCAGAUUGUUGGCCAAAACAGGGAAGGAGAACCGUGCUUACAUUGCCGAAGCCGGAGCCAUCUUUCACCUUAAAAACCUGCUACCUUCUCCCAAUGCCGCUGCCCAAGAAAACUCCGUGACCGCAAUUCUUAACCUGUCCAUCUAUGAUAAGAACAAAGGGCGAAUAAUGGACGAGAGAGGGUGCUUGGAGUUAAUAGUUGGGGUUCUGAGGACCGGGCACACGCCCGAAGCCAGGGAAAAUGCCGCUGCCACUCUAUUCAGUCUCUCAGCGGUUCACGACUACAAGAAGAGAAUCGCGGUAGAGGAAGGCGCUGUUGAGGCAUUGGUUGGUCUUUUGAGGGAUGGGUCACAAAGGGGCAAGAAGGACGCGGUUACGGCAUUGUUUAACCUCUCCACGCACGCCGAGACUUGCAAUAGGAUGAUAGAGUCCGGCGCGGUUAGCGCGUUGGUCGGGGCUUUGGGGACGGAAGCCGUGGCGGAAGAGGCGGUGGGCGCGUUGGCGCUGAUCGUCCGGCAGCCGGUCGGGGCGGCGGCGGUGGGGAGGGAGGAGAACGCGGUGGCGUUCUUGACGGGGCUGAUGAGGUGUGGGACCCCAAAGGCGAAGGAGAACGCGGUGGCGGUGUUGCUCGAGCUGUGCCGGGGCGGCGGCGAGGCGGCGGCGGAGAGGGUUCUGAGGGCGCCGGCGCUGGCCGGGCUGCUUCAGUCUCUGCUCUUCACGGGGACGAAACGGGCGAGGAGAAAAGCGGCGUCGCUUGCCCGGGUCUUCCAACGCGGUUCGGGGGCGGUGCAUUACGGCGGGUUAGGGGUGGGGUAUGCAUUGGCGGGGAACUCGGCCAUGGGAAGGGACGCAAGUUUUGCCGGAGAUGUUUCUGUGACUGUGUCCAUUUCUGUGCCGGUAUUAUAAUCUUAGAGCACCUAUAUGUUGUUCUUCAACCAUUGAUACAUUAUUUUUUUUUUGUAAUAUUCAAAAACAAAUAACAAAUAUAAUUCUUAAUGGAUAUAGAUCUCGGGGUUUUCCUAAUUCUAGGUUUAGGAAUUCAUCACAAGAUACACAAACAUUAUUGCUCAUGAAGUUUACACAUGAGGGUUAUGAUGUAACACACAAUAAAGCCCUGAUUUGUUU